ACACCACAAAGCUAAAUAUAGAUUAACUUGAUAUAUUUGUUCCAAAGUAACCACAUACAUUGUAUAAUCUACAAGAUGAAAAACCUUUCAUUUUUGUUCAUCGUUUUUCUUUCUUUCACUCUUAGCAACGCUAUUGAAAUAGACUAUUGUGUGGGAGAUCCGAAUCUUCCUAAGGGGCCUCAAGGUUAUGCUUGCAGAGACCCUAGUACACUCACAGUUGAUGACUUUAUUUUCACUGGAUUUCGUGGUGAAAAGUCUAUUACAAAUAUUUUUCGAAACAAUAUUACUACAGCAACGGUAAUUGAAUACCCAGCCUUAAAUGGUCAAGGUAUCUCCAUGGCAAGGUUAGACUUCGGUGUAGGUGGGGUUAUCCCUGUACAUUCUCAUCGAACUUCUGAAAUUAUCGUUGUUAUAAAAGGCACAAUCAUUGCAGGAUUUAUUGAUACUAAUAACACUGCAUAUUACAAAAAAUUAGAAGUUGGUGAUGUCAUGAUUUUCCCUCAGAGUAUGCUUCACUUUCAGGUAAAUGUUGGAAGAACUCCAGCCACCGCAUAUGUGAGCUUAAAUGGCGCAAAUCCAGCUGUACAACUAACUCCUCCAUCGCUAUUUGCUGGAAAUUUACCUGCUGAAUUAGCUGCACAAAUCACUCUUUUAAGUCGCAAAGAAGUAAUGCGAAUGAAGAGAUUAUUUGGCACAGCUUAAUUCACGUACCGUUGCUAAGAAAUCUUUGCUUCUACAUGGCAACUGCCUAAGUUACUUAUGCUAUUUUAUAUGCUUUUAUAAGUGCAAUUUUUUUUUUUUUUUUUUUUUUUUUUUGUUAUUGAUGGUUUUGUCAUGUCAUUCUAUCAUUGUUAUUUUUACUUAAAUUUCUGAAUUAGGAAAUUAUUUGUGUAAUGUUCUUCAGAAUUUCAAGUUUAUAAUGCAAAUGCACUGUGUUUUGCAACCGAAUGAAGAAGUUAUAAUU